UUGAAGUUGAACUUUCUUUUGGAAUUAACUGCAAUCAUUUUGGCUUCGGCUGCUGUAGAUACGCGAGAACUCUCUCUCUCUCUCUGUGGUUGUCCUUUUUCAUGGCUAUUUCCUGAUAUUUAAAUUUUGAAGACUGUUGUUCGAGGGAAUCAUUUGCUGUUCAUCUUUAUUAUGGGGGUUUGCUUUUAGUUGAGCUUUUUUCCACAUACUUAUCUUAUUUUAUUAGCACAGAGAGCUCUUUCGCUUUUUGCCCGCGGUGUGUAAAGAGCCAACGGUCCACUGUGGUAGGAAGAUUCGGGUGCCGCGUUACGCUAUUUUUAUUAAGAAAGGGGUUUUCUGGGUUUUUUUUUCAAUUCUCCUUCAAAGAGGUUGAAGAAGAAGAAGAAGAUAAAUCGCUUCGAUCGGUGAAAUCUGAGUUGGAAUCAUUUUGGACGGGUGGGGCUUUGAGGGAGAUGAUUUGGGUUAUUGAGGCUGUUCCACUGUGCGGGUUUUUUCUUUUUCUCUUGAAGCUAGAACGAAGCGAAACAGCUUGGAAACUGUUUGAAAUUGAGUGAUUUUGAAGGAAUUCUAGGAGUCAGAGGACUGAGUUUGCUGAUUUUUUUGGAGGAUAUUUGAUUAAGAAUUUUCUAGCAUUUAAUUUUCAUAAGGGCUUCUGGUGGAUUUUUAAAGUCUCUCUAUUUGCCUUCUCUCACAAACGGCAAGGGAUUCUUCCAUUUUGGUUCGAAUUUCUGCAUCUCAGAAGUUGGUGGUCUCUCGUGAAUGGGAACUGAUACUACCGAAGACGUGGAAGCAGUUUCCAAUAUCCAUUCCUUUAGGGUAUCAUUGAAAUCUGUUCAUUGUAAAAUGUGUACUGAGCUAAUGGAACUGGUUGGCCGGGUCUCGAAGAUAUUACCAGCGAUUGAAGCAGCUCGGCCUGGAAGCCCGGAAGGAAGAGAGGCACUGUGCGACUUAAACAAUGGAAUAGAGAAAGCAGGGUUACUCCUACAGUAUUGUCGAGAGUCUAGCAAACUUUAUCUGGCAUUAACUGGAGAUAGGAUCGUCUCUAGAUGUCAUAGAGUGAGGGCUUUGUUGCAGCGCAGUUUGCGUAAAAUUAAACACAUGGUUCCUGUCGCAUUGGCUCGGGAGAUCUCUCACGUAGCAGAUGAUCUUAGGGGUGCAAAGUUGAUCCUUGACUCAUCUGAAGAAGAGACUGGGAAGGCUAUGCGACAAUUACUGAAGCUAGGUGCUUCGGCUUCGGAUGCACUGGAAAAGUCUGAAAUCAUGGCUCUUAAAAUUGCUGCUUUGAGGCUUAAUAUUUCUUCAUCCAAGGAAAUGUUGAUGGAGAAACGAUCAAUCAGAAAACUAGUAGAUGAUGUUGGUCAUGGCGAUCCCCUUAAAAAGAAGAUUUUGAUAUACCUUCUAUAUCUUCUGAAGAAGCAUGGAGACUUGAUACUGCAAAAAAUCAAGGAAGCUCAAGCGGAUAGCUCUAGAUGUAAUGGAUUUGGUGAAACUGAAGUUAACGUGAGAUAUAGGAAGAAUGCUUCCCAAAUUGAUAUAAUACUCAAUAGGGCCAUCCCCCCAGGGGAAUUUAAGUGCCCCAUAUCAAUGAGAUUGAUGUAUGAUCCUGUUGUAAUUGCAUCUGGAUUGACAUAUGAGAGGGUGUGGAUUGAGAAGUGGUUUGAGGAGGGUCAUGAUACGUGCCCACAAAGCAAAAUAAAACUAACCGAUUUUUCGAUGACUCCUAAUGUAGAUAUGAAGAAUUUAAUCGAUAAAUGGUGCGUAAAGUUUGGAGUCACAAUUCCAGACCCCAGUGUGGAACCAGAAUGUCCUGAGGUUUGGGAGGAUUCCAUUGCUAGCUUUGGAAGUUCGAUGAACGAUAUACGUUUACCCAUCGAUUUCAGCAAUGUAUCACUCGGAGGUCUUGAUAAUUGUUAUUAUCCAGAUUCAUUGAGCCUCAAUGGUGGCAAUGGAUUGGCUUUCAAGUCUGGGCAGAGUAAAGAUGAUGAUCCGCAAAGAUUUCAAUCUGAUUCAAAUGCUGAGGAAACAGAGUUGGAGUUUCCAUCUAGCAUAACUGAGCUUCCGUGGGAACCGAAAUGCAAGGCGGUCGAAGAUAUGAAAAAUUCCAUUGUCAAAAAUGGAGAUGUUCCGACCUUAUCUGAUGCCGUCAUGGAUCAACUUGCCUUAUUUUUAAAGGAUGCAUAUGAUCAGCAGGAUUCCAAAGCCCUGAAAAAUGGAUGCGAGUUAUUUCUGUUACUUGUUAGAAAAAGCAGGUUCAACAAACUGAGUGUUCCUGAGAAGAUUCUGACAACUUUGGCUAGUUUACUUCAUUCAGAAGUGACUUAUGAAGUUCUUGCUGUUCUGGAAGCGUUGUCCAGCCACCAUAAAUGUGGUUCUAACUUUGUCGCAUCUGGUGUCCUCACUUCAGUGGCAGAGUUCCUCGACUCAGAGAUCAAAGACUUGCAGGAAUUCGCUAUUAAAGCUUUUUAUAAUUUGUCCUCCAAGAGCAACAUCUGCUCUGACAUCGUAUCUUUGGGGUGCAUCCCAAAACUUGUUCCCUUGCUAAAUGAUGAGGUUCUCUCUGGAAAAUGUAUGUUUAUUCUGAAAAAUCUCUGCCACACUGAAGAGGCUAGGAUUUCCAUUAUUGAAACCAAUGGCUGCAUUACCUCCAUUGCUCAACGACUUGAAAUGGGCAGUCUCGAAGACCAGGAGCAUGCAGUUACUAUUCUUCUUUCACUGUGCUCGCAACGAGUCGAAUACUGCGAGUUAGUCAUGGCAGAAGGUGUUAUCCCUCCUCUCAACAAUAUCUCUGUCUAUGGGAGUAAGGAGGGAAAAGCAGGUGCCUAUGAAUUGCUCCGACUUCUAAAAGACGCUCAGGAUCAGGAGGAGCAACAAUCUUGUGUGUCUGAUCUUCCUUCCCCGAACGAGCCGAACGAGCCGGAGCCCCCCAGCUACUCAGAGCAUAAGAAGCCUAGCAAGAAGUCUGGAUUUCUUGGAAUGAAUAUAUCAAUCUUCUCAAAGCACAGUCCACUAAAGAAGAAAUAAAUGUGGUCUCGAGCUUGUAAACGUUGUCUCGAGCUUGUUUUUUGACCUUGGAAAACUGCCGGAAGAACUGCAUUUGAUAUUCCAAGUUGCUAGCAAGUUUCUGGUGAUGGAUUGAUAUAUAUUAUAUGUAAUUAGUGUUAAUAAUCAGGUUUGUACAUUUGUUUAUCUUUAGGGGAUUGUCCAAUGAUAUUGCUUUCAGAAAGUAGCUUUUGGUUCGCCUAUUCAUUGGUAGUGUAUUGAAACUUACUGAUAAAACUCCUUGCCUUGGACUGACAGUGAGUUGUGUAUAAUUUUUGGAAGGUUGAGAGUUUUUUUUAUGUAACUAAACAAUAAAUAUUGUUUAUUGUUUAUUUAUUUUUAA